AUGAUCGGGGGGUUCUUCACGGUGAUAGCGCUGGGGCCGCUCUCGAUCAUGCUGAUGGUGCUGUGCCUGCAGGUGCUGAUCUACCGGGAGGUGAUUUCGCUGGCGUCGGUGCCGAAGAAGGAGCGGUCGCUGCCGUGGUCGCGGGCGAUGAACGUGUAUUUCCUGAUCUGCCUGGAGUACUAUCUGUAUGGGCGGAAUGUGCACCGGGCGAUCCAGCGGCACGCGUGGCUGGAGGCGUAUCUGCAGCCGCUGUUUGCGCACCACCGGUUUAUCUCGUUCAGCCUAUAUCUCGUGGGGUUCAUGUGGUUUGUGGGGACGCUGCGCAAGGGGUACUACCGGUUCCAGAUGGGGCAGUUUGCGUGGACGCACAUGGCGCUGGGGCUGGUGGUGAUGCAGAGCCAGUACAUGAUCGAGAACAUCUUUGAGGGCAUCUUCUGGUUCUUCCUGCCGAUAGCGCUGGUGAUUGUGAACGACAUCUUUGCGUAUGUGUUUGGGUUUUUCUUUGGGCGGCACCAGCUGAUUGAGCUGAGCCCGAAGAAGACCAACUGGCGGUUCAUGACGUGUCCGCCGCCGAAUCUGCACAUGACGGCGUUUUCGGCGGUGGAGUGCGAGCUGAACCCGGUGUUUGUCGCGUCCGAGUACCGGCUGCCGGCGGCUGUGGCGACGGUGCUGUCUUCCACUCGCUGGCGAUUUCGGCGUUUGCGUCGCUGA